UCUCUUUCUCAAGACAUGUCUGUGUCUCGCUCUACUGUAUCUGUUUGGACAGAGAGAGCAGUGAAGAAAGAGAAAGCAAAGUCAAUAGCCCUUAGAAAAAGAGAAGAAGAGAUUGCCAUUUGAGAAAUGAGUAAAGCAAAAACCAUCUUGUCAUUUUGGGGUUUUCUUCAAACUUAAAACAAUAAAAUAGAAUAAAAAAUCCCCAUAAAGUUAACUUCUUUAACUUGCUCAAGUAAAACUACAACAAAAAAGAAAGAAAAAAACCCAAAUGCAGAUACCCAUUUGAGAGUUGAUUCUCAGGAUCCGAUUCCCUAUUUCAAGAUCUCACCCUUUUUUUCUUCUUUGAGAAUCUGCAUUGUUGCUUUGAGGUCAUAUGAUUUGAAGUUAUGCUGAUUAUGACACCAGACAGUGGCUUCUUGUUGUCUGAAGAAGUAUAUUUGCGUUGUGAAGUGUUAGACUAGAGAAUUUUGAAAAUAUCAUAGAGAGAAGAUGAAAUCCGACACACUUCUUGAUUAUGCUGUGUUCCAGUUGUCACCAAAGCGCUCUCGAUGUGAAUUGUUUGUUUCCAGCAAUGGAAACACAGAAAAGCUUGCUUCUGGGUUAGUAAAGCCAUUUGUUUCUCAUUUAAAGGUGGCAGAAGAACAGGUUACACUGUCACUUCAAUCAAUUAAGCUUGAAGUUGAAAAGUGUAAAAAUGCCGAGACUUGGUUCACAAAAGGAACGCUUGAGAGGUUUGUGCGGUUUGUUAGUACACCAGAGGUUUUGGAAUUGGUGAACACAUUUGACGCAGAGAUGUCUCAGUUGGAAGCAGCACGGAGAAUAUAUUCUCAGGGGGUGGCAGAUCGGCCUUCUGGUGCAUUAGGUGGGGAUGGUACUGGAAUGACGGCAGCUGCUGAUGCAACAAAGAAGGAGCUUUUAAGGGCUAUUGAUGUACGUCUUACUGCAGUCCAGCAGGACUUGGUGACAGCUUUUGCUCGUGCAUCUGCUGCUGCUUUUAACCCUGACACUGUGUCUGAACUCCAACAAUUUGCAGAUCGGUUUGGUGCUCAUCGCCUGAAUGAGGCUUGCACCAAAUUCAUAUCACUAUGCCAGAGAAGGCCAGAACUGGUUAGCCGGUGGAAACCAGGUGUUGAUGAUCAAGUGGUCAGAGCCUCAUGGGGAUCUGACAUGUCAAUUGAUGACCCCAAUGAAGACCACAUUGGGUCCAAUGUUAACAGCAGGCCCUGCCAAACUUCCCAAAAUAAACACCAAGAACAACUACAACCAAGCACUAUGCAGACCCAGCACCAUAUAGACCAAUCAAAGCCAGCCACAUCUCAACAACCAAAGCCCUCAAGUACUACACAGCUACGUUCUCAAAAUGAAAACAAGGAAGAAGAGAAGAAAGAGGAGGGGGUGACUGAGUCAUCACCUAGCCAAAUUAGUCAACCUACUAGGCGGCUUAGUGUGCAGGACAGGAUCAAUCUCUUUGAGAACAAACAGAAGGAGAGCUCAAGCUCUGGAGCCAAACCCAUUACUAUUGGAAAAUCUGUAGAACUGAGAAGACUUUCAUCUGAUGUAUCAUCUGCGCCGGCAAUUGAAAAAGCUGUGUUAAGAAGAUGGAGCGGUGCAAGUGACAUGAGCAUUGACUUGGGUAAUGACAAGAAGGAUGGUAAUACAGAUAGCCCCUUGUGCACACCCUCCUCCUCAUCUUCUGCGUCUCAAGGUAAAAGCAAUGUGUUUCAAGGUUUAUCCGAGGAUAAAGAACAAAAAGAUGAGAAGGGUUUGAGUGACAAGGUAAGUUUAGUUAAAGUUGAACCUAAGAGUGGUCCUGGUGGAGCUGCUGAUGAUACGUCAAAUCAGGGAGAAGUGCAAGCACAGGUUGGUAAUCUUUUGGGGAUAGAAGAGGAUGUUGGGUUGAAGGGGCGAAUGAAUUGGAAGGAUCAAUUGGGAUCACAGAACUGCCAAUAUCAGUCUUUUACAGGUAAGUCAGAACAGGUUGAGAUGGGCGAUCAAGGGGCUUCUCAGGAGAAGGUUAACGGUUCCUUAACAGGAGAGAGGGGAGGUUCAGAGGUGCAGUCUCGAGUUUUUCCUGAUAGAGCUGUGAUUGUGGGGGUUAAAAAUCAGCCCACUUCUCAGUUGCAGGUUGGAGUUUUUGCAGAUGCAGUGGGGGAUGCCACACCUGAGGGUGAAUUAAAGAAUAGAGUGGAGGCUCAAGGCAAAGACCAAUCGGUAACACGAUUGCAUCUUAGGGCUCAAGGACACUCCAGAACGUUAUCAGGGCAGUUUGAAGGUCGUAUGGGACUAAAAACUAAGGAGGCUCAGUAUAAAGGCAGUGAAGGUGAGCAGUUCACUCAGCCACAGGUGAGCUCUUUUACUGGGGGGGUUGAGGAAGUGGGAAAGAAAGACUUAUCUUCAUCUGAGAAGCAAAUAGGGAAAGUCGAAGAUUCUGGAGUCCCUAAAAUGAAGUUUAAGAAACAGAUUCCAGUAGGUUCUGAACAAAGCAAGAAGUCACAGGGUAGGAGGGAUGAUGAAGGUGGUUCUGUUUAUGCAAGUAACAAGUCUCUUAUUGGUAAAAAGGCUCCUGAGAGUGAAGAGAGUUUAAGUGCCCCAAUGAUGCCAGUAGAUCAAACUCAGAGGAUAAGGCAGUCAAGGGGAAACCAGGAGCUGAAUGAUGAGUUAAAAAUGAAGGCAAACGAACUUGAAAAGCUUUUUGCUGAGCACAAACUUCGGGUUCCUGGUGAUCAAUUCAGUUCUGCAAGAAGAAGCAAGCCUGCUGAUGUGCACAUCGAACAGGAAGCAAGCUCACUAUACAAGAAACCAGCGGUAGUAGAUUUAUCUCCUGCACAGAUGCCUGACAAAAACUCAUUUUCUGAACCAAUGGGGAGUUUGAGUAAUAUGGCUAAAUUUUGUACCCCUCCAACAAAGAUGGUAGAUAACCAGGACUAUGCUGAUAGUUUGAGGCGGAAUUUCUCUGCCAUCAGCUUUUCAGAUGAUUCUAGAGGAAAAUUUUAUGAGAGGUACAUGCAAAAGAGAGAUGCAAAGCUGAGGGAAGAAGGGGGUUCUAAAAGGGCUGAGAAGGAAGCCAAAUUGAAGGCUAUGCAGGAUAUCCUUGAGCAAAGUAGAGCUGAGAUGAAGGCCAAAUUUUCUGGUUCUGCUGAUAGACAGGAUUCCUUAUCUAUUGCUCGUCAACAAGCAGAGAAAGUGAGGUCAUUCAAUUUUCGAUCACGGAGGGAGCAGCAUCCAAUGAGUUCAAUUCAGAGUGAAGAAGAUGAUCUUUCUGAUUUUCCAAAGCAGAAGUACUAUGGACAGGAUAGAUCAUAUAAUGAGGAAUCUUUCGUCGAUGGUUCUUCUAGGAGCUCCAACACUAAGAAGCUUUUGCCAAAUAGAAAUGUGUCUUUAUCCACUCCUCGCACCACAGCAGCUGCAGUUCCCCGCUCAGCAGUCAAAGUUUCGAAUCCUAGUUCUGGAAGGCGAAGAGUGCAAUCUGAAAAUCCUCUUGCACAAUCUGUUCCCAACUUCUCUGACCUCAGAAAAGAAAAUACAAAGCCCUUUUCUGCCGCUGGCAAGGUGGCCUGCCGUUCCCAGGUAAGAAACUAUGCUCGGAGCAAGAGCACCAAUGAAGAGAUUGCUCUUGGUAAGGAUGAACAGCCUCGAUGGUGUCAGUCCCUUAGGAAGAGCUCUGCUUGUCCUGCAGAAUUUUCAGAUUUAUCUGCCUUGAACUCUGAUGGCAUUGUUUUGACACCUUUGAAAUUUGAUAAAGAGCAGAUGGAACAGAGCUACAAUGAGAAAUUUGUGAAGAAUGUGGAAGCAGAGCCUUUCCUCAGGAAACGAAAUGGUAAAGGUCCUGGUGCUGGAGUAAAUAUUGUAAAGUUCAAAGCAUUGGAGGCAUCUGAGACUCCAAAAGAUAAAGAGUCCGAUGAGCUAGCAUUUGAAGCAGAUGAUCCCAUGGAUAUGGCUAAAGAAGAUGAAAUGGAUGAGCUUGAAACAACGGCAGUUGAUGAUUCUGCUAACUUCAAAAAUGGAAGAUCAAAACUGAGCCAGGAAUCUGACAAGUUGGAUAAUUCUGGAUCAGAGAAUGGUGAUUCCUUGAGGUCUCCUUCUCAGGUUGACCCCGCAUCAGUUGCUGAGCUGCCUGCUGCAGUGCCCACUACAUUCCAUACUGCAGUAUCCCUGCAGGAUUCACCAGGAGAAAGUCCUGUGUCAUGGAACUCACGCAUGCAUCAUCCAUAUUCUUAUCCUCAUGAGAAUUCAGAUAUUGAUGUGUCCAUGGAUUCCCCCAUUGGGAGCCCUGCAUCUUGGAAUUCUCACUCACUUGCUCUAACAGAGGUGGAUGCUGCUCGAAUGAGGAAGAAAUGGGGAAGUGCUCAGAAACCUUUUCUUGUUGCUAAUGCAACCCAUAAUCAGUCACGUAGGGAUGUAGCAAAAGGGUUCAAAAGGUUGUUGAAAUUUGGACGGAAAAGCCGUGGGGCAGACAGUUUGGUGGACUGGAUCUCUGCUACAACUUCUGAAGGAGAUGAUGACACAGAGGAUGGCAGAGAUCCUGCCAAUCGAUCAUCAGAAGACUUGAGGAAGUCAAGAAUGGGAUUUUCACAAGGUCACCCUUCUGAUGAUGGCUUCAAUGAAGGCGAGUUUUUCAAUGAUCAGGUUCAAUCCUUACAAACUUCUAUUCCAGCACCACCAGCAAACUUCAAAUUAAGGGAAGAUCAUAUGUCAGGAAGCUCCAUAAAAGCACCACGAUCAUUCUUUUCACUUUCAUCAUUUCGAAGCAAGGGUAGCGACUCCAAGCCUAGAUAAAUUUCUUCUUGAGGAAAUUCCAGGACAAGUGCUGGGAAUCAUCUUAAACAGUAGUUUAAAGGAACGUGUAUAAGAUACAGAUGCUUGAGGUAGGCACUAUACAGUGAACACUAUCACAUCUACAAUGGGACUUGUAAAUCUUCAUGGAGUCAUGAGGCCCUCAUGAUCUAGUGAGUAAUUUUCUAUAGUUGUGUCCUAGAUAUGUUGUAUAUUGCAUUGAAGAAGAAAUCGCCGAUUGGCAUAAAGUCAGUGUGAUUUUGGUAGUUCAGAGGCAUUCUUUUUGUCCUUUCAUUUGCUCUUGCCAUGUGAUGUAUAUCAAAUUGAACGCUUUGUUAAAACCAGAGUUAUUGACAAUGCGGAGUAAAAAUAAACUACUUUUCAUCCUAGUAGCAGUAUGUAUUAUUCCUUUCUGGGUGAUGAAAUUCCCUUAUCCUCUUUGCUUCUGCUACUAUAUAUUUUUGGCCACAUGC